GGUGGCAGUGCAGGGUCAGGUGACCAUUUAUAAAUGGCCUCCCAGCCACGUGCUUGUGCGCGCUCCCUGGGAGCGCACAGCACAGCGAUCCGGUCCCUAUCAUGUGAUCACUUGCAGAGUAGUAAGCAAGAUUUCACUUCUGACAUCAUUGCUUACUACGUGUGAAAUCUGCGAAUGAUCACAGAGGUCACAUGGUACAAGACUAUUCACAACAGCCUUGUACCAUGUGACAAGCUGUGACCAAUCACAGCUCACGUAGUA